GGGGUCCGAUGCAUAUCUUAUCUUCCUCCCGAACCUUACCAGUGGUUAAACCGAGCCGUUGAGUUUUCGAAAGCGUUCCAUCUCCUAGACUGUGUGGGAAUGCCGUUCGACUCCACCGUAACAUGAAAUUCUGCCGGCCUCACUUCUUCCGUCAUACGUAUAACAUGUGGCUGAGGGGCGGCCCGGGGAAGGCCCCGGGGAUUCAGAAGAGGCUGGAUCUCAUCAGGGAAGAUACACCUGAUCUCAGCCGACUCAAAAUCGACGAGAAAGUCUUCGACGACCUCGAGGCGGAUCUCAACAACUCCGAAGCCCUUGCAGACCAUCAUAUUAGUGACCUGAACAGAAUACGCAAGAAAAUUGAGUUCAAUCAGAUUGAAAGGAAAUAUUUUGGUGUUAAUAAAAAACCCAAUAUGCUCACAUGGUCUGAGAAGGAGCAGAUACGCCAUUUAAACCACAUAGAUCCUGAAAUCUGGACACCUGAAAAACUCGCAGAUAGUUUUCCUGCGACAAUUGAUGUCAUAAAAAAACUUAUUCGAUCUCAAUGGAUACCUCGAGACUUAAAAAGAGUAAAGAAACAUGACAAAGCGGUUUCUGCAAACUGGAAAGCUUUUGAGACUGGUAGAUUAAAUCUUCCUGAAAAUUUGAAAGAGCAUUUUAGCAAGUUUACUUCGAGAAGAAAGAUUGUUCUUGCAAAUGAAACACCUGAGAGUCUAGAGUUGACUGAAACUGCAAGUUGUUCAGAUGAGGAAGGGGAAUGGUCUAGAAUAGUCGCAAAGUGCCAAAACGAGUCAACAAGCAAAAGAGAAAACCAUCCUCUCACUCUCUCUCCUUCUGGCAAGUCAGAAACUUACGUUUUGGGAGGGCAUAAAAGAGGACGACACACCGAAUUGAUGACAUUGGCUGAAGUUAAAAAAACUCAGAGCCUCAGUGAUACUGAUGACAGGGCUCCUUUUGACAGAGCUUUCAUCAUGCAUUGUAUCGAGUCAAGACUUGUCGCUAAAGAGAGGCAUUCUGCAAUUAUAAACUCGAAUUAUGUGCCCAGUCUAAAGAUGUCACAGUCGUCAAGCGGUACUUUCAGCAGUGAGAAGCUGAAAGAAGAGAAAAUUCAAAUGACUAUCAACAUCCCUAAAAACAAAUGGAAAAAAGGUGCAAUAUAUCGAGUCAAUAACUGCUACUACUCCGACGAAGGCAAGUUUCUUUACAAAGCAGUUUUUGGUCGCAAAACUUAAACAUUUUGUGCAAUUCAGUAGAAAAUUUUCAAGUUUUUAAAACAUCCGAGUACUAUGCAUGCAUGUCAUGUAUAGAAUUGGCUUUUUCUACAAUAUUUUAAUAUGUGUAUGUUUUCACUAUGUAACUAGUAUGUGUGUUUCAAGUUCCUUCAUGUGUGUAUGUAGGAUUCUUCAAAAAUUUGUCAUAGUUACUUAAUGGUUGUAAUCUGAUUUUUAUUCAAAAUAUAACAUUUGUGGUCUGAGUGUCA